UAAAUGCAGAAAAUUCGAGACUGGAAACAAAAAAUUUUAAAUUGCUUCAAAGAAUCAUUGCUUUAAAUAGUAACAGAGAUGAGUUGAUUCGUGAAAAUACACGUUUAAGAAAUAGAAAUGAAGAACUUGUUAAUGAAAAAAAUCAGCUUGAAGCAGAUAAUAUUCAAAUUCGUGAAGCAAAUGAAAAUCUGACACAAUUAAAUACUGCAUUAAGAACUGUAUUGAGAGAUGCUGAAGAUGAAUGA